GAAGGCUGUUCGGACGUCAGCAGCAAGUGUGCUGCCCGAUCCACUGCUAUACUAACCAAUCCAUCACGAUCAAGUCGUCACAAUGAGGAAAUCAAGAAGGCCAACUAGAAAAUCGUCGCGAUCCCCUGUGGCUUCGCAGCUGGCCACUUGUGAAGAGUCAAGCACAGCCGAAAAGACUGCAAAGCAAGCACGAAGGAAGAAAUCUCGAGCUGCAAUGACGCUGGCCACAUGUGAAGAUGAUGGCACGCAGGUUGAAAGGGCCACGAGAGCAAGAAGGCGAGCGCCUCGCCGUGGGGGAGCUCAAGUUGAUACCCCAGAAUUCCGUAACGCAUUUCGGGAGUUUUGUCUGCAAGUCAACAAGAUUGGAGUGCAAGGAUUAGUAACAGAGUACGUAACAUUAAGAGCUCAAACGCAACCUAUAGGUGCCAAACCAAAGCUAGCUUUUGAUGCUAAUCCCAAAAAGAAUAGAUACAAAGAUGUCUACUGUGCAGACCAAUCACGUGUGGUCUUGAACUGGCCAGCAGGCGCGAGCGACUAUAUUCAUGCGAACUGGAUCACAGGGACUGAUGUCCCAAGAAAAUUCAUUUGUACUCAGGGACCUACUGCUCAGACGGUAGAGGACUUUUGGAGGAUGAUCUGGCAGGAGAAAUGCAAAAGUAUCGUGAUGCUUUGCAAUGUGAUAGAAUGCGGAAAGAAGAAGUGUGAACAGUAUUGGCCAGAAGCAAGCAAUCCCACGAUGCGGUUGGAAGGAUGUAACUUGAAUUUGCGGUAUAUAAAAUCUCAAGAUGUUGAAUCAAACAUACUACAAACAUCAAUUGAAGUGACAGUAAAUGCUGAUGUUAGGAACAGGCAUAUAGUGGAACAUAUUCAAUGGAAAGAUUGGCCUGACAGGGGUGUCCCACCGACGAAUUUGUCAUCAUUUCGGCUUCUGAUGCGCGUGAGAAAUCUUACACCGAUAGUAGUGCACUGUUCUGCUGGUAUUGGACGAACUGGCACGAUAGUUGGUUUGGAUAUGCUUUAUACGAAAUUAGAAAAAGGCACACUUGUCACGCUAGAAAGUAUAGUGAGAGAUCUCCGCAAGGAUAGACAUGGAUCAGUACAGACAGACGCGCAGUACCUAUACAUGCAUCGCAUCCUUAUCGCAGUGGCAGAAAACAAAAGGGUGGUCUCUGCAGCGGACGUUGAGAAGUUUGUAACAGACUAUGACACAUACUGCAAAGCCAAGGGAUACUGCCAAUAAUAUGCCACAUCACUAUAGAAGCAACAAUUAUACGAUACGAUAUUUCACUUCUGAUAUU